ACUCUUUGAAUUUAACCGCCAAACCGCAAACAGUUAAAUCAUCUUGUAUCACUUAACAUUGUGAAACAUCGUGAUACAGAAAUCAAAACUAUAUAAAUAGCCUUCGUCGUAAAUAAAGACUUCAGUACUUCCUUAAAAAAUACACAUUACAUUUGUUGUCUUUUGUUAAAAACAACAAAAUGCCGUUGUUUAGUGGCAGGUGUUACAGUACCGCAAAGUUAAUUGGAAAAACUGCGAUUAUAACGGGAAGUAAUACAGGGAUCGGAAAAGAAACUGCUUUAGAUUUCUAUAAGAGAGGUGCUAGAGUAAUAUUGGCAUGUCGCAGCUUGGAAAGAGGUGAAGAAGCGAAGAAAGAAAUAGAAGAAAAAUGUAAAGAUUUACCGGAAAUUGGUACCUUGGUAUUAGAAAAAUGUGACUUAUCUUCUUUGAAGUCUGUCCGUGAUUUUAGCCAGAAAGUGUUAGACACAGAACCUCAUGUUAACAUUUUAGUUAACAAUGCAGGUGUCAUGAUGUGUCCUAAGGGUGAAACUGAAGAUGGUUUUGAAACACAAUUUGGAACCAAUCAUUUAGGUCACUUUCUGCUAACCAUGCUGCUUCUGCCGCGCAUAAGAAACAGUGUUCCAGCCAGAAUAGUAACUGUUUCGUCCAAAGCACACACAAGAUAUGGCAUUAACUUCGAUGAUUUGAAUUACAAGAAGAGACCGUAUAGUGCCAUGGAGGCAUAUUCACAAAGCAAACUUGCUAAUGUGUUAUUCUCCAGGGAGUUGGCAGCAAAAUUCAAAGAACAUAACAUAGAAGGAGUUAAUACAUACAGUCUUCACCCAGGUGUAAUUAAAACAGAGCUCGGCCGUCACAUGAAUGAUACACUAUUCAGAGGUGCAAGAACACUAUUUGGUAUCUUGCUUGGUCCAUUUAUGAAGUCUGCGGAACUUGGUGCUCAAACCACGAUAUAUUGUUCCGUUGAUGAAAAAUGUGCUAAUGAAACCGGAUUAUAUUACAGUGAUUGCGUUGCUACCCCUCCACAUCACAAUGCUUUAAAUGAUGAGCAUGCUAAGAAGCUUUGGGACAUCUCAAUGAACCUGGUGGGCAUUCAGGACUACAAUCCAUUUACAACAAAUGAUCAGGGAGUGAAGAACAAGAACUAAUUUGUUAUAAUUUUUUUACAUUUUAAUCAUUUUUGUUCGUAAAAUUUAUGACAUAGGUUUAUUGAAAAUU